GCGCACUAAGAGGAUGAACCAAACUCGACAUGCACAUACGAAUGUAUAUAUCAGCAUUGCACCGCUCAACUCAACAGGUUUAUCCGUGAAUACGAUCAUUGCACAGCCAUAUUCUCUAGCACCAUAUCCCUAUCUCAAAAUCAGAUGGAUGCAACUCUACCAGUGGGUCAGGGCCACAAAAACAAAACCAUUACAAUCGAAGAGCUACGCCAAGACAACAAGCUUUGGUACAAACUGCACGUGUUCAUGUUCGACCUGCGCAACUUCCGAACAAACACCAACUCUCGCGAACGUCUCGAACUGGUCACCAACGAGUUGUUCAUCGGAAAUCCGUAUUUCGACGACAACGAAAGGCAACGGCUUUGCAAUACCAUUAUCGAUUCAAGUCAGAGGACUUUGGAAGAUGUGCUUGGGGCCUUCUUCCAAACCACGCUCGAGAAGCGAUUGCAAGGACGCAUCAAAGAAACGGGCGACUGGCGUAUUUGUGCGGCGCAUGACCUAGCGCCGAUAUUUGAGAGAGCGUUCAGGGUCAAUACGAAGGACUUGUCGAAGAACAAGGUAUUUUCCAAGAUGGUACAGAAAGGGGGUUUGGGUGCACUCGACAACGGUGGGGUCUGGAAGGGUAUAGGCAGACGAUAGCCUGCUGCUAUUGUCGCUAUCCAUGGUCAGACAAAUCGCCGGGAGAUUUGCUACAGCAUGCAUGCUGGGUAAAGGAGACUGGCGAGACGUGCGUGUCAGAUUUCGGCGCCGUUAUUCGAGAGUUUUGGAUUUCAACUUGAUAUAGUUGACAUCAGAAAUACAAAAGUACUCAGAACAG